CCCAUCCUCCACCUGCUCGCCCGCCUCGCCGCCGCAUUCCGCAGCUCCUUGUCGCCGAUGAGCCUGAUCGCCGCUCCUGCGGCGCCUGCGGCCUCGUCCGGCGUCGUGGCCGCGCCCGCGUCGCAGCAGCCGGCAGCAGCGUCAUCGUCGCAGACCGCCGCGCCGCCGCCGGCGUCGGCCCUGUUCGGCGCCCUCGAGCGCGCCGCACGCACCCUCGCCGGCCUGACGCAGGAGGAUGAGCGCUGGGCAGAUCUGGCAGAGUGCCUUAAUGCCGCGCAGUACGCGUACCGUGUGCAUCUCGCGGCGCCUUGGGCCGCGAUUGAGAAGCGCCGCGUACUCAGCAUUCCUGAUGCGGUGAUUGAGGCCAGCACAGCCGCCGAGGCACAUGCUGCGCAAGGCCUCUUUCCCAGCAUCUCGCGGGCGUGGAUCGUCAUCGACACACGCCUGUACCUCUGGAACUACCUCGACGGGAGCAACGGUGCCUUCGAGUCGUACGAGCACCCGGACAGCGUGAUCCAGUCCGUCGGCUUGGUCAAGCCCAAGAGCGGCGUCUUCAUCGAUGCCAUCUCGCACAUCCUCGUGAUCUGCACCAACUCGAGCAUUACGCUGCUCGGCCUGGCCUUCGAGACGGGCGCCAACAGCGCCGCAACGGGCCCAGAGCUGAAGCUCUACGUCACGGACAUGUCUGUGCAGACAGACCGCGUCACCAUGUCUGGCGUGCGCGGCACAGACGACGGCCGCGUGUUCUGCAAGGGCAGCGACGGCAACGCGUAUGAGGUGCUCUAUCAAGCCGCCGAGGGCUGGUUCAGCGCCAAGUGCUCCGUGCGGAAUAUGUCGACGCCGCGCUUCUCGAACCUGGUGCCGACGUUCCUGCAGGGCUCGCGCAAGGAGUCGCUCGACUUUCUUGCCGUCGACGGGCAGCGCGGCGCUCUUUACACGCUGCACCGCAAGGCAGAGAUCGAGGUGUGGGUGUUGCCCAAAGCAGGCGCUCCGCCAACACAAGUCGCGCGCGCCAAGGACAUUUGCCGCCAGGCGGCGCUCAUGUGCCCGAACACGACGCUGCUUGGCGCCGCCGACUUUGCGGUUGUCUGGCUCGGCGUCGUGCCGCCGGCAGAGAGCCGAACAGUGCACCUCGUCGCACUCACGAGCAAGGGCGUGCGCUUGUACUUCUCCCACUCGCGUACGCGCUACGGUGCCGAGGGUCCGCCAACGUGCCUCGAGCUGCUGUACGUGCGUCCGCCUCCACCGGCCGGCCAACAGGGCGAGCCGUCGGCGCCAGGUGCUGGCCCGAGCGACUAUGCGCCCACAGUGCCAUCCUUCGCUGGCGUGCAGCACGCGCUGUACGGAUCCGGCACGCUGCUGGCUGCAGCGCCGUACGCGCCCGACGCCGCCGGUGCGACUGACGUGGUGCUUGGCGUCGCCCGGCCUGCCUCUUCCACUCGACUUUCCAUGCCCGGCGCGAUCACGACGACCGGCAACGUGGGCAUGGGCAUGAACUCGAACGCUGCGGUCGGCCCAGAGGCAGACUCAGCAACGUGCGUGCUGGUGCGUGGCGCGACGUGGGACAUCGCCGAGGUCUCGCGCCACAGCCCUGCGCCUGCGCCUGCCACUGGGCGGAUCAGCCCGCUAGCCUUGCAGGUUAUCACGCAUCCGCGCGUCUUUCUCGUCCUCACGAGCUCCGGCCUUGUCAUUCUGACAGAGCUGCGGCCGCUCGACACUUUGCGAUCGCUGCUCGAGACCGGCAACGUGUUCGACCAGUCGGUGCACGAGUUCUUCAACCGCUACGGGCAGGCGCAGAGCUGCGCCAUGGCCUUGGCGAUCGCAAGCCGCAACUCGCAGCUGCUUGUUGCGCCCGAGAGCUGCCUGGCGAGCGACAGCGACGCUGCUGCGCGGUCGACAGCGCCGCGGGUGCUCAGCCCUGAAGCCGUGUCGCACGCAUGGCGCAUCUUCUUCGACUACGGCGGGCAUCCACGCUACGACCCGCCGCCGUACCCCAGCCAACCUCCGAGCGACGGCAAGGUGACGCUCAGCGGGCGCUAUCACGGCCUGACGAUCUACCUCGCGCGUCUCAUCCGGCCCUUCUGGGCGCAGCUGAUCACGCGCAAGGUGACGCUGCCCGGCGAAGGGGAGCGGCAGCAGCCCAAUGUGGCUGCCUCGCUGCUGGCGGCCGCGCAGCAGGACCUGCGCUCACUCGACGAGUUCCUGACCCGCAACGCCCAGCUCUUCGGCAUGGGAUCGGGCAGCAAGGGGCGGAGCAGCAGCACCGCGCCCGAGGGCGAGCAGGUUGCCUUCCGCGCCGAGCAGACGGACUUCGAUGCUGUCCGCUCGCUGCUGUCGCGCACGCUUGAGGCGAUCAGCUUCAUCCUGCUGCUCAUCGACUACCAGAUGCCCCGCCUGGUCGCCCGGUGCAAGCCCGAGCUGCAGACACAGCUGGCGAAGCUCACCUUCAGCGACCUCAUCACCACGUCUGCCGGUGCCGAGACCGCGCGCGGCCUGGUGGAGGCGAUCAUCGACUCGCAGAUUGCGAUGCAGGUCAGCAUCGAUGCCGUCGCCGACGUGCUGCAGGAGCGCUGCGGCAGCUUCUGCAACGCAGACGACGUGCGGCUGUACAAGGCACUCGAGUGCAUCCGCCGAGCGAAGGAAGCGCGCGACGACGCCAGCCGAACUGCUGCGCUUAACGAGAGUGCUAAGCUCCUGGCGCGUGCGACCAAGACGCUGCCGUUCGACAAGCUCGAGCGCAUCUGCCAGGACUACCGCGAGCUGCAGUUUGACCUCGGCGCCAUCGAGCUGCCGCUGCGCUGUGCGGCAGAGUGGGACCCGCACGGCGUGGCGCGGACAUUCAGGGCCGACGGCAUGCCGGACACCGACGCCAUGCGCAAGCCGAUCUACGAGAUGAGCCUGCGCUGCUACCGGCUCGUCAUCGACACGCUCGCCUCCCUCGACCCGAAGCCAGCCGGGUCAGGGUCUGGCUCAGUCAGUGCGCAACAGCAGGCUGCGCAACGGCUCGACGUGCGGCGAGCGGAUGCCUAUGCACAGGCUCAGGCGUCGCAGGACGCCCUCUUCCACGUUGCCCUCUACGACUGGUUGCUGCAGCGCCGCGCUACCGAUGAGCUUCUACGCAUGCGCACGCCGUUUAUCGAGGACUACCUGCGCUCCGAGCCGGUCACGCUCGAGCGCUGCCUGCUGCUGUGCGACUGGUAUGUCAGCGUCGGCCAGAACUUCGCUGCAGCGCAGGUGUACGCCGGGCUGGCGCAGUCGACUGAGCUGCCUCUCUCGCUCGACGACCGCGUCGAGUACCUCACCAAGGCGAGCAGCAACUCGAAGAGCGCCUUUGCGCACUCGCACGACAUCGUCACGUUCACCACCGAGGUCGACGAGAAGCUCGACGUUGCGCGCGUGCAGGUCGAGGUGUUCCGCGCCAUCGAGGAGAACGAGCACAUCGAGAAGGCGCAGAAGGACGCGCUGCUCAAGGCAUUGAACGGCGAGCUCUUCGACAUCUCGACGCUGUACCGCGACUUUGCCGAGCCGGAGAACAUGUACGAGGUGCAGCUCAUGAUCUUCCACGUCUCGGACCACCGCGACCCGGAGCUCGUGCGCAACGCAUGGCAGGCGCUGCUCGAUGAGGCGCACAACUCCAGCGAGGACGCGCCCGAGCGGGCGUACGAGCGCGUCGCCUCCGUCGUCGUCGAGCUCGGAAAGCGGUUCCUCACUUCUGAGAUCGCCUUCCCGCUUGAUUUGCUCACCGACGAGCUGGAGCGCUACGCGUUCAGCGUGCGGGAACGGCAACGGAUACCCGCCGGCUGGGCCGUGCGCACGAUGCUCACCGUCGGCGCGCCGCCUGAGAUCAUCUACGACGUGCUGGAGAGCGCAUUCCAGACGAAGCGCGAGCCGUGGCACACGCACGCCGGCCUGGUGCAGCUGCUCUCGUCGCUCUCGACGCUGAUCCGCCUCUGGCUCGACGAGACGCUCGGCGUCACAGAGGCCGGCGGCCCACGCAUCGCCAACGCCCUGGACCGCGACUUCCCUGCUGCGCGCGUUGAGACCGGCAUCAGCGCCUACCUCGCCGCCCUCGCCUCGCUGCCGCGCCACGCGGCCCCUACGGCAGAGCGGGACCCCGAGGCCGUCGCGACUGAGCUGAAGCAGCUGCAGGAACGCAUCCGGCGCACCUUCUGACACGCAGCGCGCAAGCAAUGACAAACGUGCAGCC